AUUAUCACGUGAAUUGUGUGAAGCGAUCACGUGAGCCAGACUUAGUUGAUCUGGGACACAUUAACAGAUACUGGGGUUUCACUUUAUGUCCGUUGCUGCCGUGUCAAUUUAAUCUCUAGAGUUUCGCAUUGUUUGGGGUGUGACCCGUCAUUAAUCUGAGGUCUAAUCUGCUGUUGACCACCAUGAGGCUGGUGAUCCUGGAGCACUACGACCUGGCCAGUGAGUGGGCCGCCAAGUACAUCCGGAACAGAAUCAUCACGUUCAGACCCACAGCCCAAAGGUACUUCACCCUGGGCCUGCCCACAGGAAGCACUCCAUAUGCCUGUUAUAAAAAGUUAAUUGAAUAUCACAAGAGUGGGGAUCUUUCUUUUAAAUAUGUGAAAACCUUCAACAUGGAUGAAUAUGUGGGCCUGCCCCGCGCCCACCCUGAGAGCUACCACUCAUACAUGUGGAAUAACUUCUUCAAGCAUGUUGACAUUGACCCGGCAAAUGCUCACAUCUUGGAUGGAAAUGCACAAGACCUUGAAGCAGAAUGUGCUGUCUUUGAGAAAGACAUUGCAGACGCCGGAGGAAUAGAUUUAUUUGUAGGAGGCAUUGGCCCGGACGGCCACAUAGCCUUCAAUGAGCCGGGUUCAAGCCUUGUAUCGAGGACCAGAGUGAAGACCCUGGCCAAGGACACCAUAGUGGCCAACGCUCGCUUCUUCGGGAAUGAUCUCUCCAAGGUGCCCACCAUGGCACUAACUGUCGGGGUUGGGACUGUCAUGGAUUCCCGAGAGGUGAUGAUUGUAAUCACGGGUGCUCACAAAGCUUUUGCGCUGUACAAAGCCAUCGAGGACGGGGUGAACCACAUGUGGACGGUCUCAGCCUUCCAGCAGCAUCCACGCACCAUCUUUGUCUGCGACGAGGACGCCACACUGGAGCUGCGCGUCAAAACCGUCAAGUACUUUAAAGGUUUAAUGCAUGUUCAUAAUAAACUUGUGGACCCAGUGCUUACCAUGAAGAACGAUUAGUCUUGAAGUGAAAGUGAUGAAUAAAUACCAACCAAAAUGUUGAAAAGGAAAGAAGAACCAUAUCCAGAAAUUCUUCAAGCAACCACGAUUGUCCCCUUUACCUUCAAUAAUGACUGUUUGGUUUAAGCUAGUAUUUGGCAAAUUUGCCUGAAAAGCAUUUUAAUGUUUACAUAAAAUGAAAAUCGGUUACAAAAAAAUACGUUUGUACUUGUACGUUUUAGUAUUUCUUAUUCUUAUUCAAGUCAACAGUUGUUAAUUGUAGGCCUACUUACGGUUAAGUGUUUUUCAAAAGUUACAAGGUCGAAAGGCAUUUGUCAUCAAACCACUCUAGUGAAUAUUCCAUAGUAAAGGUUUAUUUUUUUUCUUUGCAUAAAAACAUUGCAAUACAAGAUAUACUUGUUCAACAAAGUUACUGAUGGGAUAGAAUCAAACAUUCUUUUUUUUUUUUUUUCGUAUCUGAGCAGAACCAGAAUGUGUGCGAAUGGCUUAAAAAAUAAAAAAUUCAGGUUUUGCGUAAUGCUAUUAAGAAAUGCCUUUAAUCAUUUUGUUGCAAAAUGGCUUGUUUUAAAUAUGGUGUAAAAGUAGGCCUAUAUAUUAGUGCUGGCAGUUUAAGGCGUCAUUAACGACGUUAACGCAAACCAAUUUAACUGCGUUAAUUUUUUUGCUUGGCAGACGUUGUAGUUUUUGUCACCUGCUGUCUAGCAACAAUCAACAGUCACGUUAGAAAAACUACAGCAACAUACCUGAUCUAGCUACACGCAGCACUCGAGUUGAGGGGAGAUGAGGGGGGAUGGCAUCCCCCUUUGGAAUUAAAAUGAUCAAAAUCAUCCCCCUUCUGAAACAGCCAUCCCCCCUUCCCAUCCCCUGUUAUUUUAUCAAUUAAUGUGGAAAUAUUACCGCUAUUUCAUUAUAGCGGUUUCCUUUUUCAAUUCGGCGCAACGUAUGGUUGCCACGGUGUGGACGUUUUCAUACCGAGUAAAAAAAAAAAAAAAAAAACUGUUGCCGGUAAUACCGCAUACCACGGCAACCCUAGCGCAACGUUACUUUUCUCAGGGACAGAUUUGACAGCGAUACUGCAUUCUCGGGCAGUAUGCUAUUGCGCAAGCACGCAGGCGUAGGCCUACUUGCGCAUU